CAUCGAUCUCCAUACUACCAGCCUCAUGCCAUUGCCAACGCCCUCCAAUCUAAACGGCAGCAGCAGUGGGAGCGGGCCCAGUAGACCCUCUUCACGCCCAAACGGCAAUGGAGGCGGACCCAUUUCAGUCGACGAUCUAAUCCAAAAGCAGGCUGCAGCGAACCAAUUCACUCCCAAAUUCAUGUCAAAGAAGCAGAGGGAGGAGCAGGCAAAGAAGGCUAAAGACGAUGAGGAGAGGCAGAGCAGAUUGAGGAAGGAGAAGAGGGAAGAGGAGGACAAGGCUAGAUUGAGGAGGGCAAGAGAAAGUGAGGAGGAGAUGCGCCCGCCUAGGCAGCAUAUACAGGAGCACCAACACCACCACCACCGUCAUUACCCAACAUCCGCAGGAGGACCCAGCAGCAGCAGAGGAGCACAGCCUCCACCUUCUGUACCACGACAUGAUGGCCAUCAUCAUCGCCAUCAUCACACCCACCACCCUAUUGCAGCAUCGCAGCCUCUUUCUGCCCCCUCCUCCUCCUCAUCCACCGCCAUCCCCACCCCCACCUUGACCGAAGCAGAACAAGAACUCAUCCGCUCCAAAUACCUGGGAAUAGCCCAAAAACACGAGAAGCGAACACGACGUCAACUCAACGACAAGAAGACGAUGUUCGGCCACGACAACGAGGUAGAGGACACGACGGACCUCUCCAAUCCUGUCCUUCGGCAAAUCGUACCCGUUCGCGGCCUACGCGCAGGUGGGACACAAGAAGGCGAAUCCUCCGCCGCAGAGUCAGGCAUUCGUCGUACCAACUCGAAACUACUUCAAACUUUUAGCACUCCAGCGCAUUGGUCCUCCAAGUCCCUUGCACAGAUGCAAGAACGUGAUUGGCGAAUCUUUCGAGAAGAUUUUGGUAUAGCAGCGAGAGGAGGACAUAUCCCGCAUCCGUUGCGCAGUUGGGCCGAAUCGUCUAUCCCUGCCUCAAUCUUGGAGUGCAUCGAGCAGAUAGGGUACAAGGAGCCCUCCCCCAUUCAACGACAAGCCAUCCCCAUCGGGCUGAAGGAGAGGGACUUGAUCGGCAUAGCCGAGACUGGAUCAGGGAAGACGGCCAGCUUCGUCAUUCCUAUGCUAUCCUACAUUACACGACUGCCACGCAUGGACGAGAGCAACAAGCAUCUAGGCCCCUAUGCCCUCAUCCUCGCCCCUACCCGCGAACUGGCACAGCAGAUCCAAGUGGAAACGCAACGUUUCACCAGCUACCUCGGUUUCAACUGUAUCUCCAUCGUGGGUGGGCGAGAUAUGAACGAACAAGCACUCGAGGCCGCCAAAGGUGCGGAGAUAGUCAUCGCUACUCCCGGUAGACUCAAGGACUGUAUCGAUCGACACGUCGUUGUGCUGGGGCAGUGCGCUUACGUGGUAAUGGACGAGGCGGACAGGAUGGUCAACCUAGGCUUCGAGGAGGUGCUCAACUAUAUCCUCGAUUCCUUGCCAGUCAGUAACGAGAAGCCGGACAGUGCAGUCGCGGAAAGACCUACCAUCGCAGAGAAGGAGGAGGAGGAGGAGGGACACAAUGGCGGUGGUGGCGGCGCACUCGGCGUUGGCGUCGCAGGCGAGGGAGGAAAACGCUACCGCGUCACGAUGCUGUACAGCGCUACUAUGCCUGCCUCAGUGGAACGAAUGGCCCGCAAAUACCUCCGUCGACCAGCCACAAUCACCAUUGGAGACCUCAACGCCGCGGUGGGUACUGUAGUCCAAUCGGUGGAAUUCGUCACAGGUGGAGAAGACAAGAAGAAACAACGUCUCCUCUCCAUCCUAGGUGCUGGUUUCGAACCACCCGUCAUCGUCUUCUCCACGACGAGACAGAGUGUCGAUAUGCUCUCCCGCGAGCUGAGCAGGGCAGGAUACCCUUGCGCUACUUUACAUGCGGGCAAGUCACAAGAACAGAGAGAAGAAGCUCUCGCCUCUCUGCGAUCGGGUCACGCCCCCAUCCUAGUAGCGACCGAUCUCGCAGGACGAGGUAUAGACGUACCAGACGUCUCGCUCGUGGUCAACUUUAGCAUGCCGACCGCCUUUGAGGCUUAUAUUCAUCGUAUUGGUCGAACGGGCAGAGCGGGCAAGAGGGGGCAUGCUGUCACCUUGUUGGAGAACGGGGUCGAUGAUGAGUGGUUGUAUGACUUGAAGAUGGAGCUGGGGAGAAGUCCCGUUAGUACCGUGCCGAGAGAAUUGGAGAGACAUCCUGCUGCUCAGGCGAGGGGUGGCAAGAGGAGGAGGGAUGACGAGUAGUAGCGCGCGUGCGAGCGUGAGUGGGAUGGAAGAUGAUGCCCAGCAGUAGUAGCAUUGCGUUUUGUUGGCUUUGUACGAGAUGAUGAGUGAAUGACUGCAACGAAGAGAUAUGCUGAGGAGCAAAUACGAGACAAAAAGAUAUCAA